CGCAGGCGCGCCGCGGCUGAGCCGCGCUGUGUCCCGGACGCGCGGCCGGCGGCGACUGGACUCCGGCUGCGGUGCUGUCCGCCCCACCCGCACAGUCCAGCUGUCGCGCGUCGCUCGCUCACGCCACCGCCGCCAUGGGCUCCUGAGGCCGGCUCGUCGCCUGCUCCCCGGGCUCUCUCAGGGAGCCCCCGCUGCCAGGCGCCAUGACGGUGAGGGGGGCCGCCCUGGCCCCGGGCCCGCCAUCGCCCACGGCCGCGGCAGCCUCGCCCAGCGUCUCCGGGAUCCCCGAGGGCAGCCCCACGGCCAUGGAGCAGCCCGUGUUCCUGAUGACCACCGCAGCCCAGGCCAUCUCCGGCUUCUUUGUUUGGACGGCUCUGCUCAUCACCUGCCACCAGAUCUACAUGCACCUGCGCUGCUACAGCUGCCCCAACGAGCAGCGCUACAUCGUCCGCAUCCUCUUCAUCGUGCCCAUCUACGCCUUCGACUCCUGGCUCAGCCUCCUCUUCUUCACCAACGACCAGUACUACGUGUACUUCGGCACCGUGCGGGACUGCUACGAGGCCCUGGUCAUCUACAAUUUCCUGAGCCUGUGUUACGAAUACCUCGGCGGGGAGAGCUCCAUCAUGUCAGAGAUCAGAGGGAAGCCCAUUGAGUCCAGCUGUGUGUACGGCACGUGCUGCCUCUGGGGAAAGACUUACUCCAUCGGAUUCCUGCGGUUCUGCAAGCAGGCCACCCUGCAGUUCUGCGUGGUGAAGCCGCUCAUGGCCGUGAGCACCGUGGUCCUGCAGGCCUUCGGCAAGUACCGGGACGGCGACUUUGACGUCGCCAGCGGCUACCUGUACGUGACCAUCAUCUACAACGUCUCCGUCAGCCUGGCCCUCUACGCCCUCUUCCUCUUCUACUUCGCCACGCGGGAGCUGCUCAGCCCCUACAGCCCCGUCCUCAAGUUCUUCAUGGUCAAGUCCGUCAUCUUCCUCUCUUUCUGGCAAGGCAUGCUCCUGGCCAUCCUGGAGAAGUGCGGGGCCAUCCCCAAGAUCCAAUCAGCCCGCGUGUCCGUGGGCGAGGGCACCGUGGCCGCCGGCUACCAGGACUUCAUCAUCUGCGUGGAGAUGUUCUUCGCGGCCCUGGCCCUGCGCCACGCCUUCACCUACAAGGUCUAUGCCGACAAGAGGCUGGACGCGCAAGUGCCAACAUAUGGUCCUUACGGCCGCUGCGCCCCCAUGAAGAGCAUCUCCAGCAGCCUCAAGGAGACCAUGAACCCGCACGACAUCGUGCAGGACGCCAUCCACAACUUCUCGCCCGCCUACCAGCAGUACACGCAGCAGUCCACGCUGGAGCCCGGGCCCAGCUGGCACGGCGGCGCGCACGGCCUGGCGCGCUCCCACAGCCUCGGCGGCGCCCGCGACAACGAGAAGACUCUCCUGCUCAGCUCUGAUGACGAGUUCUAGGCGCGGCGGUGGCGGCCGCUGGGAAGGAUGGGUACCUCGGCCCCGGGCAGGGGGUGCCCCCUCCAGCCUCACGUCCGGGCCGGGAGGCAAGCUGGCACGGCUUCGGCGUUGCCCUUUAAUUUAUUGGACCAGAGACACUCACAUAUCGCUUCCAGAGGAGCAGCCCGUCGCUGUCUGCUGAGGGAACAGCCCAGGCUCACCCUCGAGCCUUCAGGAACAUUUAUACAAGGCCAAACCCGCAGGACCGGGGCGAGGAGCAGAGGAUCCUGGGAGCGAGCGACUCCCAUGCCCCUGUGGCUUGUCCUGCGGUGGCAGCAUGUCGGGACCAGCUGUGCCCCGGACCCAGACGCUGAUGUUGGGGACCAGCAGCCACAGUCUUCUCGGCUCUGCCCCCAGGUCCCUGCCCUCCCCCACGAGACUCACAGCCCCACCCCUGAACACCGUGCAAUACAGCUCUCCCCACCUGUCCCCUCCCCUGUCGCCCCUUGUCUGAUGCUAGAUUAGCCUCACCUGGGCAGAAGGAGGGACCAUCCGCUGGGAACCCCCUCCUGACCCAGGCCUGCCUGGCAUGCUGCCCGGAUCAGAGCCAGAUGCCAAGAGCCACAGGCCCACUGGGCAGGGUGCUCAGCUGCCUUUGCGCCCCUCUUCUGUCGACGUGGCCUCUCCAAGUCGGGCGUCCCCGAGCCCCCUGGGUGUCUUCUCAGUGGCUGCACCUCUGCCUGUCUCAUGCCCCUUCCUCCGGGCCUGCUGAGGACAGCCGGCAGCCCACACUGCCCCCUGGGGUCUGUCUCCUUGAGAGCAUUGUUGGACAGAGCCCUUCCUUCCUGCUCGCUCCCAGGGUCGGGGGCUCCGCGCUUCCUUCCCAGGCCAAGUGAGCAGAACCUGGGCCGGGGCACGGUCUGUUGCUGGGGCUCCUCCCUCACACUUCACAGGGGGAUUCUGAGUCUCUACCUUUCAGACCAGCUUCCGGAGGACACAGCUCUGGAGGGGGGAGGGCGGAGGGCCGGGGCAUGCGCAGAGGGCCCUGGCCCCAGGGCCACACGGGACCUGGCGUCCUCCUCCUCUGGUCCCCUGGCCCACCAUCUCUUCUGUGCCUUAGUCACACAUGAAAGCUCCCACUCCCCAGGCCUUCGGUCUGCCCCAGACGCCCCCCUGUUCAGCUGCUGGCACUCAGAAGGUCCUACAGUGCUGGGCCAAGUGCCCUCAGGCCUCGGGGGUGGCUGGGGCCGCCCAUCCCCUGCCCUUGCCCAUUGCCCACCUCUGCACGGUGUGCGCCCCUGGAGCUUCCCUGGGCCGGAGCCCCCGUGCAGGCCGGGCUCACUCUCAGCGGGCAAUGCCUGCGUGUACAGGCUGGGUGUCCCAUCCCCAGGUGGCAUUUGGGCUGGGGCUGCCUGCACAACCCGGGGAAGGGACAGGCUGAGCGAGGAGGGCCCCGACUGUGGCUCCGGAACGCCCCUGUGGCACCUCUCUCCUUCCAGCCACGCCUGGAGCGAGCUGUGCCGAGGGUCGAGUGGGGGUUCUGUCCCAGUCAUCCUUCCGGGCUCUUGGCCCUUGCGACCAAGCCAGCCAGCCCCCUGGAGGGACAGCAGCCUGCUGGGGAGGUGCCAGAGGCCAGCGCUGGGCCCCUGUCUGGUGGGCUUGGCCAGCCAGUACCGAGCUGCGGGUUGCUGCAGGCUGUCCGAGAAGGCCCUCUGUCUGUCCCCACUCCCACCGCUUCCUCCCUCGAAUCAGUUUCCCUGAUCCCCCUUCCAGGCCAAAGUGUGCGGCUGACUCCCUGCCCCCGGCCUCUGCCCGCCCUGGCUUGCCCUCCAGCUCGGCGGCAGGGCACCGGCGGCCGCCCGGGGAGAUGGGGCCGGGGCCUCGUGCCUGACCACGCUACCCCUUCCUCCUAGGAUUCGUAGCCUAACUCGUCUUUUUUUUUUUUUUAAUUUUUUUUCCUGAUAGAAUAGCUCUUUGUACAUACAAAAUACUUGAACAAUUAACUGUAUGACGUAUGAGAGACAGAGCCCCUAGUUUUGUAUCGCUUACGACUGCCACGAGCCCCCCCGGAAAGCCACUCUAUUUUGGUCUCCGUGACAUUUUCAGUGCGUGACAGGAGUGAGC